GCACUAUUAGCGAUGUUCCUGGUAGGAGUUCGGAACGAACCGCAAGGUCCGGCCUAUCUUCCACCUGGUCCUCGUACUGGAGGAGGAGGAGGAGGAGGAGGAGGCGGGACCGGUCAUCCGGACGAUUGGGCCGGUGAUCCGGCGAACUAUGAGUUUUCGUACGAGGUUCAGGACGCGGCGGCAGGUCUGGACUUUGGGCAUCGCGAGAUGAGGAAGGACAUGGAGGCCACGGGGACUUAUCACGUGCUACUGCCGGAUGGUAGGACUCAGAUCGUUGAUUAUAUCGCCGAUCAGAACGGAUAUCGGCCGAUGAUACGAUACGAAGGAACCGCUACUUAUCCCGCUCCAGGACCGGCGCAAGAGGGUUACAAAUAUUAGUGUCCUCACUGUUUUUUUUAUAAUUAAGUACCGAUCUUUAGCACAUUAAAAGAGGAUCGAUUAAAUAUAUAUUCUUG